AUUUCAGACUCUUCUGUUUUCCUUCUUAUACACUACCUGGUUUGGUUUGCACUUUGCAGCAGUAGUAAGUAGUAUUUGCGUAUUCAGAAGAAGAAUUGGUGGUGUUUGUACGUGUAUCCUCCCUCAAAUUUGGAAAAUUGAAUUUGUCUGCUCUAGUCACUCUAGACUCUAGACGAGUAGUCUCCUUCCUAAUCCCCAAAUUCAUCAAGUUAGAUUACUAUACGAGGGAGUAGUAUAUUAGUGUUAGUAUUUACUUUAUUUUAUUUAAGAGUAGAUUAGUAUAAUCCUACUCCUAAAUAACAAGGCACGACAGUAGUCACUCUCUAGUCUAGUUAAAUGCUGCUCACCCUCUUCGUUUCGGCGACCAAACUCGCCGGAUUGUUAGUCACUGUUACCGUGGCUGCCAACGCCGUCUCUUAUCGUCGCUUCCGUAAUAAGAACCUCAUGCCUAUCCCUUCUCCCAUCGACGAAGCCUCCGACAUCCUUGCCGUCUUCAACAUCAACCCCUCCUCCUCCUCCUCUGAUGAUCACGAAGGUGAGAAAGGAUUCUUUUUCGGGUUGGCAACAGCACCGGCACAUGUUGAAGACAGACUUAAUGAUGCUUGGCUUGAGUUUGCAGAGAAAAGUCCUUGUGACAAGUUAGAACCUCAGCAUAACCCCCUGCCAGCUGAUGUGCUAGUUGGUUCUGCUUCCAGUGAUGGGGGAUCUCAGCCAGCUUCCUUACCUCCUAAAGAAGCUGAUAGGACCAUAAAGAGAAAGAAGCCACUUAAGAUAGCUAUGGAAGCAAAACUUAGAGGAUUUGAGAAGUAUGAAGAAUUUGAAGAACCUGUAACCCCCGAAGAAUGCCAUCAUAACGUUGCUGCCUGGCACAAUGUCCCAAACCCGGAAGAAAGAUUGAGGUUUUGGUCUGAUCCUGAUACAGAAUUGAAAUUAGCUAAGGAUACUGGUGUACAAGUGUUUCGCAUGGGAAUAGAUUGGACAAGGAUUAUGCCGGAGGAGCCAGUGACUGGACUCAAAGAAACUGUCAACUACGCAGCAUUAGAACGAUAUAGAUGGAUCAUCAAUAGAGUUCGGUCAUAUGGGAUGAAAGUGAUGCUAACAUUGUUUCACCACUCCUUGCCACCAUGGGCAGGAGACUAUGGCGGGUGGAAGCUAGAAAAGACUGUAGACUAUUUCAUGCAAUUUACGAGGCUUGUUGUUGACAGUGUUUCGGAUAUUGUGGACUACUGGGUAACAUUUAACGAGCCGCACGUCUUUUGUAUGCUUACUUAUUGUGCUGGUGCUUGGCCUGGUGGUAAUCCUGAUAUGCUGGAGGUUGCCACUUCUGCUCUACCCACUGGCGUCUUCAACCAAGCCAUGCAUUGGAUAACCACUGCACAUCUAAAAGCAUACGAUUACAUACAUGAAAAAAGUACAAUAUCAUGUGCAAUUGUUGGAGUGGCACACCACGUCUCAUUUAUGCGUCCAUAUGGCCUAUUUGACAUCCCUGCAGUUAAGGUCGCAAGUUCAUUGACGUUGUUUCCUUUCCUGGAUAGCAUUUGUGACAAGCUGGAUUAUAUAGGGAUAAAUUACUAUGGACAGGAAGUGGUUUCAGGUACUGGACUGAAGUUGGUUGAAACUGAUGAAUACAGUGAAUCUGGUCGCGGGGUUUAUCCUGACGGGUUAUACCGUGUGCUUGUUCAGUUCCAUGAAAGAUACAAGCAUCUUAAACUACCCUUUGUCAUUACUGAAAAUGGUGUUUCCGAUGAGACUGAUUUGAUCAGACACCCAUACUUGUUAGAACAUCUACUAGCAGUAUAUGCUGCCAUGACCAUGGGUGUUCCCGUCCUUGGUUACCUGUUUUGGACCAUUUCUGACAACUGGGAAUGGGCUGAUGGAUAUGGGCCAAAAUUUGGGCUUGUAGCAGUAGAUCGGUCGAACAACCUUAAAAGGAUUCCACGCCCCUCUUAUAAUUUGUUUUCCAGAGUGGUGAAAUCUGGCAAAGUUACACGAGAAGACAGGGAGCGGUCAUGGAAUGGUCUUCAAAUGGCUGCUAAGGAAAAAAAGACUAGGCCAUUUUAUCGGGCUGUUAACAAACGUGGCUUGAUGUAUGCUGGAAGUCUUGAUCAACCCAUAAGACGGCUUUAUGUUGAGCGAGAUUGGCGAUUUGGGCACUAUGAAAUGGAGGGGCUCCAGGACCCUUUGAGCCGCUUCUCACGAUACAUUCUCCAACCUUUCUACAACAAAAGAAAAGCAAAAUCUCAGGCAGAUAGUGGUGAAUUGGUUCUUGAGCCGCUGAACUUGGUGGUAUAAUUGUUUCUUUUUGCCUAUUGUCCAGACAUGUAGCUGAGCAAUUUCAGCAAAAAGCAUGAGAAAAGAUUAAAGUUACUUGAGCUUCUUUUACAAUGGAAUAGAGACCGAAUCGUAGUCCAUAUUGAAGGCAGUGUCCUUCAUUUCUUGGGUUUCGUACCUAAUAAAUAUGGAUUAUGUCCAUUGUGAGUCUAAACAAAGCAAAGCAGAUACGAGAUCUUAUAACACACGACUGCCCCCCUCGCCGUUUAUGUCUCAAAGAUUGAUUCUAGAUUCCGGUGUUGUAGCAUAAAGCAUAGAAAGCACGCUAUCAUGUAUGGGAAUGAAAUGCUCUGUUUAAGCAAAUAGAUUAUUUUACAAGCUUGGCACUAUUUUGUUAUGAUAACUACUUUUUUAUGAUAUUUAAUGUUGAUUCUUCUAUAAGUUAUAAUCC